AUGACAGUUGUCUCGGAUGAUGCCCUCCCAGCAGCUGGUGCCUCCCUGAGCCUGGUGAACGGCAGGAACCGGUGCGAGGGGCGCGUAGAGAUUUACCACUACGGGGGCCGGGGCACCGUCUGUGAUGACGGCUGGGACCUGAACGAUGCCGAGGUCGUGUGCAGGCAGCUGGGAUGCGGCUUUGCUGUUUCUGCACCAUCAAGUGCCUACUUUGGACAAGGCACUGGCAAUAUCUACCUGGACGAUGUGCACUGCACAGGCAGCGAGUCCUCCCUCUUUCAGUGCAGGCACAGUGGCUGGGGCGUCCACAACUGUGGCCACAGUGAAGAUGCUGGUGUUGUGUGCUCAGCACCAUCAAGUGCCUACUUUGGACAAGGCACUGGCAAUAUCUACCUGGACGAUGUGCACUGCACAGGCAGCGAGUCCUCCCUCUUUCAGUGCAGGCACAGUGGCUGGGGCGUCCACAACUGUGGCCACAGUGAAGAUGCUGGUGUUGUGUGCUCAGGUGCCUCCCUGAGCCUGGUGAACGGCAGGAACCGGUGCGAGGGGCGCGUAGAGAUUUACCACUACGGGGGCCGGGGCACCGUCUGUGAUGACGGCUGGGACCUGAACGAUGCCGAGGUCGUGUGCAGGCAGCUGGGAUGCGGCUUUGCUGUUUCUGCACCAUCAAGUGCCUACUUUGGACAAGGCACUGGCAAUAUCUACCUGGACGAUGUGCACUGCACAGGCAGCGAGUCCUCCCUCUUUCAGUGCAGGCACAGUGGCUGGGGCGUCCACAACUGUGGCCACAGUGAAGAUGCUGGUGUUGUGUGCUCAGGUCCCUGUGCCCACCUGCGGCUGUCUGGCGGGAGGAACGGUUGUGAGGGCCGUGUGGAGGUGUACAAUGGCAGCAGCUGGGGGACGGUGUGCGACGACUGGUGGGACCUGAGUGAUGCCCAGGUGGUGUGCCGGCAGCUGGGCUGCGGCCAGCCCACGGCCGCCCCAGGCAGCGCGCGCUUCGGCCUCGGCUCCGGGCCCAUCUUCCUGGAUAACAUGCAGUGCCGCGGGGACGAGCCCUCCCUCCAGAUGUGCAGGCACAAUGGCUGGGGUGUGCACAACUGCAGGCACGUGGAGGACGCCGGCGUCAUCUGUGCAGGGGCGUGGGCAGCGGAGGCUACCAGCUCUCCCCGCAGAUCCCAUCGGGUGGGUUUCGGUGCCCACCUGCGGCUGUCUGGCGGGAGGAACGGUUGUGAGGGCCGUGUGGAGGUGUACAAUGGCAGCAGCUGGGGGACGGUGUGCGACGACUGGUGGGACCUGAGUGAUGCCCAGGUGGUGUGCCGGCAGCUGGGCUGCGGCCAGCCCACGGCCGCCCCAGGCAGCGCGCGCUUCGGCCUCGGCUCCGGGCCCAUCUUCCUGGAUAACAUGCAGUGCCGCGGGGACGAGCCCUCCCUCCAGAUGUGCAGGCACAAUGGCUGGGGUGUGCACAACUGCAGGCACGUGGAGGACGCCGGCGUCAUCUGUGCAGCACCUUAUUUUUGUGGUGGCUCAAUCUCAAAUUCCUCUGGGAUGCUGCAGAGUCCGUUCUACCCUGGAGAUUAUCCAAACCAUGUUGACUGUGUGUGGGAACUACAAGUAGAGAACAAUUUCCGUGUUAUGCUCACAUUUAGAGAUAUUGCGAUGCAAAGUGGCAGAUGCCAGUAUGACUACGUUGAAGUCUAUGACGGGCCUCCACACUCUUCCUCGCUUCUUGGGAGACUUUGUUCAGGUUCCUUUCCCACGUACAUAUCCUCUUCAAACAUGAUGACCGUUCGCUUUCACAGCGAUUCUAGAUACACUUUCAGAGGGUUUCAGGCUCACUACUCCUCCAUUCCAGCAGAUGACAACACUACCCUUCUGUGCUUGCCAGACUACAUGCAUGUAGUGGUUAGCAGAGACUAUCUCCAGUCUGAAGGCUACUCAGUGCAGAUGGUCACCCUGAACGACAAUCGCUGUAAACCAACAGUCACGUCACACGAGGUUAUAUUCAACAUUCCCUACAACGGCUGUGGGACGAUACGAGAGGAGAACAAUGAUACAAUCAACUAUUCCAACAUGAUCAAAGUUACAUCUUCUGGGUACAUAAUCAAGAGGAAAAAGAAUAUUCACUUACAUAUCAGCUGCAAAAUGCUACAGAACACAUGGAUGCAAAUAAUGUAUGUUGCUGAGGAUACUGUAGACGUGAAUGAAAAUCAGUUUGGAAGAUAUGACAUGAACAUCACUUUUUAUGAUUCCUCAUCAUUCUUGCGGCAAGUGCACGACUCUCCAUACUACAUUGACUUGAACCAAAAUUUGUACCUUCAAGCUUAUCUUCACAGCUCUGAUCCAAAUCUGAUCGUGUUUGUGGACACAUGUGUGGCAUCACCUGACCCUCAUGAUUUUAACACUCUGGCCUAUGAUAUAAUCAGGAAUGGAUGUGUUAGAGAUUCUUCCUAUGCCACAUACUACUCCCCAUACAGCCACUUUGCUCGGUUCAAAUUUAAUGCCUUUGAGUUCAUCAGCCGCCAUACGUUAGUCUACUUGCAGUGUGAGCUGGUGGUGUGCAGGCUUGGUGACUAUUCCUCCCGCUGCUACCGGGGCUGUAUUAAUAGGUCCAAGAGAGAUACAAGUUCUGCUGAGGAAAAUGUGAAUGUGGUUGUCGGACCACUUCAGCUUCGAGAAGGGGAUGCUCAGAAAUCAUCCCUGAGGCCAGUGAAUGGGCAGAACGAAUGUUCUGCACCUCUGGGAGAAGCUCAUUUUGGUGAUGGCACAGGAGAAAUCCUCCUGGAUGAAGUGCAGUGCCGAAGGGGCGAAGCUCUCCUCUGGUGGUACUCCCAUAACGUGUGGUUCGUCAAUCACUGUUUUCGUCAGGAAGAUGCCGAAAUGUCAGUGAGGUUGGUGAAUGGGUGGAACCAAUGUGAAGGCAUGUUGAAAAUUUUACAAUAUGGGUCCUGGGGGACCAUUUGUGAUGAUUUCUGGGAUAUAAGUGAUGCAGAAGUUGCCUGUAACCAGCAGGUUUGUGGACAUGCUGUAUCAUCUUCAGAUGUCACCUUUACUCACAGUCCAAGAAAUAUUGUCAAGGAUGAUGUGCAAUGCAGAGGGAAUGAGAACCACCUGUGGGAAGUUCUUACAGGGGGUGAAGUGUCCAUGAGGCUGAUAAAUGGUAGAAACAGAUGUGAAAGUUUGCAACAAGUCUAUUACAAAGGAAGCUGGGGGACAGUCUGUGAUGACUUCUGGGACAUAAGUGAUGUGCAGGUCAUGUGCAGACAGCUGGGAUGUGGAAAAGCUCUCUGCGCUGGGAAAUGCACAUUUCAUUCCAGGAUCAAGGAACAUUGCACACACAAGUGCAAUGGAAAUGAAUCCUACCUGUGGGAAUGCUCUCAUACAGGAUGGUCAACACAUAACUGUGGGCACAGAGAAGAUGCCAGUGUGCUUUGCUCAGAAAUAUCUCUGUGGCUGGAGAAUGGCAGAAAUCAACGUGAGGGACAUAUUGAACUUUUUUACAAAGGACACUGGGGAACAGUCUGCCAUGAUUUCUGGGAUAUUAGUGAUGCUCAAGUCAUCUGCAGACAGCUUGGGUGUGGGCAGCCCACCUCAGCACCAGGAGCUGCCCAGUUUGGGGAAGGUUCUGGAGUUAUUUUCCUGGAUGAUGUGCAGUGCUGAGGGUAUGAAGAUUAUGUGUGGCAAUGCUCCCACAAUGGAUAGUCAAGACAUAACUGUGGCCACAACAAAGAUGCCAAUGCUGUCUGUUCAGCAAGUGGUAUAUGGUGGAACUCAUCAGGAGGCUCAGCAACUGGAGGUCGAAACUCACUAUGGAAGAAAUUUUCAAAAUGGAUAAAAGACAUAUUUGUACCCAAAGUUUCAGAAGAUCCACAACUGCGACUGGUAUCUGGAGGGGACCGAUGCUCCGGGAGGGUUGAAGUUUACCAUGAAGGCAAAUGGGGGACAGUCUGUGAUGAUCACUUCAGUAUGAACAGUGGCAGUGUUGUAUGCAGACAACUUGGUUGUGGUCAAGUUGUUUCUGUCUUGGGAAGGUCUUACUUUGGCCCUGGCAGAGAAGACAUCCACCUGGAUGAUGUGCGGUGUAGAGGAACUGAAUCUUACCUUUGGGACUGUCAGCAUGCUGGCUGGAACACACAUAACUGUGGACACCAUGAGGAUGUCAGCGUCAUCUGUUCAGAUACCUCCGCUCUGUCCCUGCGACUGGCAGACGGUGACGGCAGGUGCUCGGGCCGCGUUGAACUCUAUCACAACGGCAGCUGGGGAACGGUCUGCGACGACGCCUGGGAACUGGCGGACGCCACAGUGGUGUGCAGGAGGCUGGGGUGCGGAGAAGCCCUGCUAGCUGUGUCUGAAGCCCAGUUCGGUCCAGGCUCUGGGAACAUCCUCCUCGACGAUGUGCAGUGCAGAGGGGAUGAAGACAACCUGUGGCAGUGCUCCCACAGAGGGAUCGCUGUCCAUAACUGCCGACAUAAAGAGGAUGCCAGUGUCAUUUGUGCAGACAUGUCCCUGAGGCUGGUGAACGGAGGGGAUGUGUGCUCAGGACGCCUCGAAGUCUUCCACAACGGAAGCUGGGCAACUGUCUGCGAUGAUGGCUGGGACAUGAAGGACGCCACGGUUGUGUGCAGGCAGCUGGGUUGCGGAGAUGCUGUCUCAGCCAAAACUGAAGCCUUUUUUGGGGAAGGCACAGGAGAUAUUCUCCUGGACAACGUGGCAUGCAGAGGGGACGAGUCCUCCCUGGAGCAGUGCUCUCACAGGGGGCUGGGCACGCACGACUGCUACCACAAGGAAGACGCUGGUGUUAUCUGUGAAGGUACUCACCAUCUGCAUCAUAUUUAUGUGAAAUUUAUUGAGGAAAAUGAAGAAAAUUCCUGCCAGCUGAGGAUGCAGAAGGAAAUUGUUUUGAUGGUGGUUCUGGCACUAGAUGAAUGUGAUGUGUCUGAUCAGCAUCAGUUAGGUGUACCUCGUUGUGGCACUUCACUUCAUGAGCUCAACAAAGCAUUAAGGAUUGAACUAAAUGCAAAUGCAAACUGUGUCUGGCAAAUUCAGAGGAACGUAAAUCAAACAAUUAGGCUCAUUUUCUCCUAUUUUAAAUUUGCUCCUUCUUCAAGCUGUAAAACAGAAAGUAUUACAAUAUAUGAUGGUCCCUCAACUAAGUCGCCUGUUCUUGGACAAGUAUGUAAUGACACUGAUGCAGUUCCAGUACUUCAAUCAUCAUCAGACAGUUUAACUUUUCUCAUAACAACAAACUCCGUGGCUUUCACACGAAGCUUCUUUGUCUUCUACUACUUCUUUUCACCAGAAAAAAAAAUUGAAAAUUGUGGGGGACAAUUAACUGGUCCCAAUGGGACGUUUACCAGCCCCAACUACCCAAAACCUUACCCUGAAUUUACAUACUGCGUCUGGCACAUACAAACAGCAAAAAACUCGAAGAUAAACUUACGGUUCCAGGAUUUUUUCCUGGAACUAGACCAAAACUGCCAAUUUGACUUCACAGCAGUCUAUGAUGGCCUCACCACUAACACUGGCUUAAUAGGAAAAGUAUGUGGUCGUGCUCAGCCCACAUUUGAAUCUUCUUCAAAUGUUAUGACAGUGGUGUUGUCUACAGACUAUGCCAACUCCUACAGAGGAUUUUCUGCUCAGUAUACCAGCACUCCGCUGCCAGGUCCUGUGGAGCCCAACACAUUCCUUACAUGCUCUUCAGAUAGAAUGAAAAUUGUUCUCAGCAAGUCGUAUCUGGCUUCCCUUGGUUAUAAUGAAACUCACCUACAGCUGAAUGAUCCAUCUUGCCAUCCAGUUGUAACAGCCUCAGUGAUCUUUUCCUUCCCAUUAGCCAGCUGUGGAACAACUAAAAAGGAUGAUGGUCAGAGCAUCACUUACACCAACAUCAUCUCUCUCUCUGCAACUGGCGGCAUUAUCACGCGUCAAAAGAGCAUACAGAUUAUUGCAAAAUGCAAAAUGGAAAACAAUUCAACCGUAGAAGCCAUUUACAUAACGAAAAAUAAUAUAAUCCAAAACACAACCAGUGUGGGAAGAUACAAUGUUAGCAUAUCAUUCUAUGAUUCAGAUUCAUUCUCCAAGCCUGUACUUCAGUCCCCAUAUUAUGUAGACUUGAACCAAACUCUUUUUGCUCAAGUCAGUCUUCAUUCCAGCGACCCAAAUCUUUUGGUCUUUGUUGAUACCUGUAUAGCAUCUCCACAACCUGAUUUUGGAUCACUAACAUAUGACUUAAUCAGAAGUGGCUGCAAUAAAGAUGACACUGUGGUAACCUACCCACCACUUGAACACUAUGGAAGAUUCAAAUUUAAUGCCUUCAGGUUCCUGCAAAGCUUUCCAUCAGUUUAUCUCCAGUGUGAUAUUUUAAUUUGUGACAGCAACAACGCAAACUCUCGCUGUACCGAAGGCUGUAUCUCCAGGCAAAAAAGAGCUAUUUCUUCAUACAUGUGGAAAACUAAUACCGUAGUAGGUCCCAUCCGCCUGAAAAGAGAUCUCAGGUCUGCUGAUCACUCAGGUAAGAGGAAUACGUAA